ACCACAAAUUUUUAGUAACGCUUCAAAAAGAAUAGAGCCCAGAGUGUUAUUUUUGGUGUUGGAAUAUGCCGAAAAUGGAGAAUUGUAUAAGCAUCGGACCUUUUACAGAACAUAAAGCAGCAAGUUAUAUAUCUCAGAUAGCAGAUGCUCUUGUCUAUCUUCAAAAGAAAAAAGUCAUUCAUCGAGUUAUGAAGCCAGAAAAUAUAUUAUUGCCAAGAUAAAGAUUUUGGGCUUCGGAUGGGCGAUUUUGAUUUGCCAGCGACUUCAUAAUUCGGAAUUUUGGCCGUGUUUAAUAGAACUCGAGACUUUUCUGACAAUUGACUUCUGUUGAUAUCUGGUUCAUUUUUUUUUGGAAUUGAAUUUUCCCCAACAGACUUUACAGUAACGUUAACAACAGUUUUUGGCGUUAGAGCAACGCGUCUUGCAGAACACUCAAAUCCGGAUUCAAUUUUGGGUUUAUCCAUACGCUCUUAAGUUAUAAGCUUUAUUGUUUUCCUUGCCAUGAAAUUUCGCGUUUAAUGUUA